AUGGCCGGAAGAAACGCUGGGAGGAAUGAUGAGGCUCUUGCUGCAGCUAUGCAGGCAAUGGCUCAGGCGUUCCAGAACCCACCCAAUGCUGACGAGAACAUGGGGUCUCGUAGUCUGGCGACGUUUCAGAGGGAGAACCCGCCUACUUUUCUGGGUAGGUAUGAUCCUGAAGGAGCCUUGGCUUGGUUAAAGGAGAUUGAAAGAAUCUUCAGAGUGAUGGAUUGCACUCUUGUGAAAAAGAUCCGUUAUGGAACUCAUAAGCUGUCAGGUGAAGUCGAUGAUUGGUGGGUGGACACUCGUCUAAGGUUGGAAACUGCGGGCGAGGAGAUUACUUGGGAAGUGUUUCGUAGAGAAUUUCUGAAGAAGUAUUAUCCAGAAGAUAUGCGAGGAAAGAAAGAGAUUGAAUUCCCUGAGUUGAAGCAAGGGAACUAUAUCUACGUCUCUUGUGUGUAA